AUGGCCCUGUGCAAUCCUGAGAUGGCCUUGGCCUCCCACCUGAAGCGCAGCAGUCCGGUUCCAGUCCAGGGCGGCCCGUACUCCACUCUCCACUUCUUCCCUCGCACCAACAGGUCUUUCCCUCUGCUGACCCAAGAGGAGCUGGCAGAGACUCUGGAUGGGUAAGUAGAAAGGUAAAGGUAAAGGACCCCUGGACGGUUAAGUCCAGUCAAAGGCGACUAUGGGGUUGCGGCGCUCAUCUCGCUUUCAGGCCGAGGGAGCCGGCGUUUGUCCACUGACAGCUUUCCGGGUAAUGUGGCCAGCAUGACUAAACCGCUUCUGGCGCAACCGGAUGGAAACCAGAGUGCACAGAAACCCUGUUUACCUUCCCGCCACAGUGGUACCUAUUUAUCUACUUGCACUGGCAUGCUUUUGAACUGCUAGGUUGGCAGGAGCUGGGACAGAGCAACGGGAGCUCACCCUGUCAUGGGGAUUUGAACUGCCGACCUUCUGAUUGGCAAGCCCAAGAGUCUCAGUGUUUAGACCACAGCGCCCCCUGCGUCCAUUCCAAGUCAACUUCCUCAAUGGUCCUCCUCUGGAGAUACUGCUCCUUGAGGCUGCCUUGAAAACUUCUCCCUCUCUUAUCCCUGUCCGAGUAAGUGGACGGGCUGUUGCUCUAGCUGUCAUGAUCCCAGUGGUGUGCAGAAGAAGUGCCCUCUCAACCUGGGGCCCCAGAGCUUGUUAGACUACAUCUCCCAUCAUCCCUGUCUACUGGUCCUGCUAGCUAGGGAUGAUGAGAGUUGUAGUCCAGCCAACUUUUGGGACCCAAGGUUGAGAAAGCCUGCUCUAGGCUGAGGGGGAAAUCGAUGGUCUUUCAAAGUAGACCAGUGUUUCCCAAACUUAGGUCUCCAGCUGGUUUUGGACUACAAUUCCCAUCAUCCCUGACCAUUAAUAUUGCAAGCUAGGCAUGAUGGGAGCUGUAGUCUGAAAAAACAGUUGGAGACCCAAGUUUGGGAAACUCUGGUCUAGGGAAUAAGCCCUGCUCAAAGCAGAAAAAUCUCUUAAACAAGAGCUCAGAGGGUCUGGUGGCUCUAGAACAAUCAUGAAACUGUCAAGAAAGCUUACAACAGUUGGAGUUGUUGCUUUUCAUCUAGAAUUUGCAGGGCAACCAAUAUUUGGAAUAUUGUGUACAGUGCUAGUUGCUGUAUCUCAAAAAUGUAAUGUGCAGUGUGUGUGUGGGGGGGAACAGUGGCGGACUUCAGGCUUUAAUAUUUCAGUGGUGCAGUGUGAAAUACCAAAAUCCCGCCCUCCGCCGCACUCUCGCCUUCCGUUGUUCCUUGUUGUUGCAGCUCCCACUCGGCCCGGUGCCCAGUGAGGGUGAACCGGUUGCCUUCUCCUAAACCUGCCUCUGAGGGGAACCAAGCCUGAGGAGCAUAGGAGCCAGCUCCUUGGAGCCAAGGUCCCUUUGGGGCCCCCGAUAAAGUAUUUGAGGGAGCCGGCCCCCUCCCCCAAGCUGGUGGUCAUUGCCGUUCAAAUGGUGUGCGUGUGCCACUUCUUGUGAUUGAUUUUGUGGUGUGGGGUUUCCUCAGACGUCCCCCCCCCAACCAAUAUCCAGUGUGGCACCUUUGAAUUUCAGUGGCUUAAUCCUAUUUAGUACACCUAGUAUGUGGGGGCUUUUGCAGACCUCACAGAGACAGCAGAUUGACCACUAUUCAGUCAGAAUGCUGGACCUGUAUAGUGGUGUAUAGUGCCAGGAAACUGGGAAUUAUAUUCACAUGUGGUGGGGGUGUAAAUAUGUACAAUGUUUCUCACAAAGGCUGUUUAAGGAAAUAACAGAAAUCACUGGGUUAAAGCUGACCGAAAGUCCAGAGGUAGCAUUAUUAUCAAUUUACGAUGGGGUGGAAGGUUUGCAGGCUGUGAAGGACUUGCUCACAAAUUUAUUGACAGCUGCACGUGUUAUAAUAGCGAGGAAGUGGAAGGGGCAAGCAGAAUAUAAAAUGGAAGAAUGGUAUAAAGAGGUGUGGGGUUAUAGCUAUUAAUGAUAAAUUAACAUGUGCCAUUAAGGUAAGACGGGGAAUACGCAGGAGAAACGAUUUUGAGGAGAUACAGAAGGUGUCUGUAGAAUUUGUACUGUUAAAACGGAAAGGGGUCAAACCAUUGCAAGAGGCGUUGAAAUUUUGGGAGGUUGGAUAGUUACAAUAGAAUGGUCUCGGGGGUGGCAUGCACAUUUUAUUCUUGUUUGUUUAUUAUUAUUACUUUGUCGAAGUAAAAUAAUAAUAAUAAAAAUACCAAAACCACCCCCAACAAAAAAAUGCUGGACAUAGGCCUUUGGUCUGAUCUGCCAGGUACUGUACAGUGGUACCUCGUGUUAAGAACUUAAUUCGUUCUGGAGGUCUGUUCUUAAUCUGAAACUGUUCUUAACCUGAGGUACCACUUUAGCUAAUGGGGCCUUUCGCUGCCGCCGCACAAUUUCUGUUCUCAUCCUGAAGCAAAGUUCUUAACCCGAGGUACUAUUUCUGGGUUAGCGGAUUCUGUAACCUGAAGCGUCUGUAACCCGAGGUACCACUGUAUCUUCUGCUCUUACGACUCAAGCAAUGUGAAUCUGCUCACACUUUGGACCUGCUGGCAGUAAUUCUGUGUCUGGUUCCCCUCCACCUCACUCUCCUCCUGCUAGCAGCCCCUACGACCUGAGCGACCUCCUCAGCCUGGACCUGUUUGAGAGCAGCCACUGCCCCACACCCGACUUGCAGCUGAUCAGGAGGAUCAUCUCGCAGGUGGAGUUCUACCUCUCUGAUGAGAACCUGUCGAAGGAUGCCUUCCUCCUGAAACACGUGCAGAAGAACAGGUUGGGCUUCGUCAGCAUUAAGCUCCUGACCUCUUUCAAAAAGGUAAAGCGGUGGCACUCGGAAAGCAUUCAUGGUGGGAGGGUGGAGCAGCAUGUGUUUAUAUAUAUAUAAUAUUUUUAUUAAUUUUCCAUUUUAUAAUAUUUAAACAAAUCUUCAUUAUCUACUUCUUUUGCUCAUAUGAGCCUGUUGACUUCCCUCCCUCCUGCCUCACGGUUUUUAAAAUAUCAUAGCAUUUAUACAUUUUCUAUUUUACGUUUCACUCAUUCAGAAUAUCACAAUUUUUGAAUAAAUAAAGGGCAGUGACAAAUAUCGUUACAAGUCUUCUUACAACCCUGCUGGUGUUGUUAACUUCUUACAAUGGUCCUUCAAGUAUUGUAUCAAUUUACUCCAGUCUUUUUGGAAAGUUUGAUCACCUUGGUUUCAGAUUUUUCCGGUCAGCUUCGACAGUUCCGCAAAGUCCAUCAUCUUCAUCUGCCACUCUUCUUUCUUUGGUAUUUGUUGUUUCCAUUUUUUGAAUGCGUUUGGAUCCCAAGGUCAAAGCUGCGACCUCUGCAUAGCUGUCAACUUUUUCCUUUUCUUGCAAGGAAUCCUAUUUGGAAUAAGGGAAUUUGCCUUUAAAAAAGGGAAACGUUGACCGCUAUGGACCUCUGUAGCUUAGUGGCCGAGCGACUGCUUUGCAUGGCAAUGAUCCCAGCUUCAGUCCCUUGCAGUUUCCAAGGGGAAAGACUCUUGUUCCGAAUCUCUGGAGAGCCACUGCAGCUCAGUACAGACAAUGCUAAGCUGGAAGGACUAACGGUCUGACUCUGUGUCCGGCGUAUGCUCUGUUCCAAGCCACAUAGCUCUGUGGCAGUGAUCACAUGUUUAGCAAGCUGUGCCUAAGGAAGAUGGAGCUGUGCAAAAUAAUAAUAUUAGCACAGCUCCAUCCCUCACUGUGAGAAGUGAAGAUACAGGGGGAAAGGUAGUGGUGCCCGCCCUGUGGAACGCCCUCCCAUCAGAUGUCAAGGAGAUAAAGAACUACCCAACUUUUAGAAGACAUCUGAAGGCAGCCCUGUAUCAGGAAGUUUUUAAUGUUUGAUGUUUUAUUAUGCUUUUAUACUGUAUGUGUUGGAAGCUGCCCAGAGUGGCUGGGGCAACCACUCAGAUGGGUGGGUAAUAAUAAUAACAACAAUAACAAUAAUAGCAGUUUAUUAUUUAUAUGCCAACCAUCUGACUGUGUUGCCCCAGCAGUGACCGCUCCCCACAUUAACUGGGGGGUGGCUUUUGUGUGGUUGCCCGCAACCCCCCCCAAGACUAUGAGACUCCCAGCAAAGUAGCCUGGCUUCGCCCCCCCCCCUAGCAGGGUACCUGGAGGUACCCACCUAGCUUCGACAAUUAACCAAUCCCGGCUGGGGGCGGGGCAUUGCCAGGGGAGUUGGUCAGGUAGAGUUAGGACCGCCCCACAUUCACAAUAGUGUAGCUUACCUGUUAGUCCUCAGUCGGCUCCAGAUCUUCGCCCAGUGCCUAUGCCAAGGUCGUCCUACAUCUGAAAGUUUAAUAAAGUUGUGGCCAAUUUUAAUCCCAUAACACGUUGCCAGGUGUCAUUAUUCCAUCCGGGGGUUGCCUGGGUUUUGUGGGGAGGGGGUCUCUGCCUGUCUGUGCAAAUAAACAGAGUAAGACAUCAAACAUUAAAAACUUCGCUCUUUGGGGAGGGGGCAUUAUUGGGCAGUUGUUCUUAUUUUGAUUAUGCAUUUUGUGGUUUUAUAUUUUGAUUUCGUUCUGUGAACCGACCUGAGACCUCCGGGUAUAGAGCGGUAUGUAAAAUUCAAUCAAUCUAAUCAAAUCAAUAAUAAUAAAUUUAUUACUUUAAAGAGAAGCAUGCAAAACUGCCUCUCUUUCUCUUCUACUUUCCCCCCUCUUUUUUAACCAGGUGAAAUAUUUAACCAGAGAUUGGCGGGUGACCCUUUACGCCCUGCAGUUUUCGGAGCUGCUGGAGGUCAACGAGGAAGGGACGAAGGUGCGCAGGAAGACCCCCGUCCCCGAACAUCUGGUGAACAUCCCUUCGAGCAAGAUGCUGCUGGCCUGGAACGUCCUUCCGUACGAGCCGGCCACCCACAGCUCUCUCCAGUUCCAGAUGACCUUCCUCAACAACAUCACCAAGCUGUUCAGCCCCUUCGGCGACAUCGCCUCCAUCCGCAUCCUCCGGCCAGGCAAGAAGCUCCCUUCGGAUGUCAGCAAGUGCUCAUCGCGGUACCCAGAGCUCUUGACCAAGUGCUGCGCCGUGGUGGAGUACGACAGCUUGGAAAGCACCCGGAAGGCUUUUGAGGAGCUGGUCCGCAGCCAAGCCGCUGCCUCCUCCCUGAAUGGGGACGCCAUCAAGGUGGUUAGCCUCUCUGGAAGGGGCUCCAAGAAGAAGAGCGUGACCAGUCAGGAAGACGGUGAAGAGGCCGAGGAGGCUGAGAAGCCUGCAAGGAUGUGGAACGGCGCGUUGACUGAAGGCCCUCCGCUUGCCUUUGAAGACUCCUUCUACAGCUCAUCGACCGAGUCUGACGGCACGCCCGUAUCCACUCCCAUCCUGCCUCCGAACUUCCUCUCUGCUCCAGUCUGGCCCACUGCUGGCUUCUGCGCCUCUGCUGGCCAGGCCUUCAAGCCCAAUUUCUUCAGCAUGCCCUGCGCCGGCCCUCGCCCACUCCUGCACAAGCCGCUGUCGUGGCCGCUCUGCUUCCCUCCUCUCUCCGCGCCCAAGCCCAGCAACGGCCCUUGCGGGUUGCAGAAGCCGCCCAACUCCUGCUGGGAGACGAGCGGGCUCGGCGUGGGGGUUCUGUGGCCCCCAAAGCAGCAAGGACCAGCCUGCAGGCAGCAGCAACAGCAACAGCCGCUCCCCUCCCUGAAACCGGAGCCCCUGAGCUCAGCGCCCACUUCCAAAAGGGUGCCUGAAUCACUCAAUGCCCGGCUGAAAGUGAUUCGGCGUCCUCAAGGCCCGGAUGGCACCAGGGGCUUCUACAACACGAUUGGGCGGGGGAAGUCUGUUUUGCGGCACUAA